AUGGGUAAGCAAAACAGCAAGCUCCGCCCAGAGAUGCUACAAGACCUGCGUGAAAAUACAGAAUUCUCAGAUCAUGAGUUACAAGAGUGGUAUAAAGGUUUUCUAAAGGACUGCCCAUCUGGCAUUCUCAAUGUUGAAGAGUUUAAGAAGAUCUAUGCCAAUUUUUUCCCAUAUGGCGAUGCCUCUAAGUUUGCUGAGCAUGUUUUUCGUACAUUUGAUACCAAUGGCGAUGGGACCAUAGAUUUUCGGGAGUUUAUCAUUGCUUUGAGCGUCACCUCCAGGGGGAAGUUGGAGCAGAAACUAAAGUGGGCAUUCAGUAUGUACGAUCUAGAUGGGAAUGGAUACAUCAGUCGGGAGGAAAUGCUGGAGAUUGUACAGGCAAUUUAUAAAAUGGUUUCCUCUGUAAUGAAGAUGCCAGAGGACGAGUCCACGCCAGAGAAACGCACAGAGAAAAUCUUCCGACAGAUGGACACAAAUAAUGAUGGUAAAUUAUCGCUGGAGGAAUUCAUUAAAGGUGCCAAAAGUGACCCAUCUAUUGUGCGGUUACUGCAGUGUGACCCCAGCACAGCAUCACAGUUCUGA